GUUCAUUUUCCGCACACAGUAGCAGCAGCAGUGGCGGAAGAUCGAUUUAGCCUCGCUCUCUCUUUUUUUUUCUCUCACACUGAAUAUGGAGCCAAUACCAAUUAUUUAUUGGACAAGCUGGUUCGACAUGGACCAAUGGCAAGACUAUACCAUUGACAAGUGCAACUUGCCUUAUACCUGCCAAAUGACGCAUGACCGUACAAAACGAGUGGAUUCGUCUGUAGUCAUCUUUCAUGCUUCUGACCUCGACAAGAUGACCUCGUUGCCUCCUCUAGACAAGGACCGAGCCUGGGUUUAUCAUACAGCCGAGGCACCACACUACACACCUAAAGAAUUCCACUUGAUGCAAUAUUCCAUGACCUAUCGUUUAGACUCGGAUUUCCCAUGGGGAUACCUUGACGAGGACACCCUCUUACCCGUAAUGGAAUCACCCUUAGCCUCAGCCCCAGCAGCCCCAAUAGAAAAGGAAAAGGGAGCGAGUGUAGCAUGGAUUGUAUCGAAUUGCAAAGCGUCCAAUGAUCGUCAUCACUAUGUCAAAGAACUCAGUCGAUGGAUUAAUGUGGAUAUCUAUGGCCAUUGUAACAAUAAUAAGGUCUUUCCUGCCAACGUAUCCACCGUUGAGCUCGUCUCCAGAUACCAUUUUUAUCUCUCAUUUGAGAAUUCCAACUGUAAAGACUACGUGACAGAGAAAUUAAGUACGGCGUAUUUGGCAGGCGUAGUACCCGUGGUGGAUGGGCCCAGUGAUUAUGGACCUUUUAUACCAAAUACACAUGCCGUCAUUCGUACCGAUGAUUUUGACUCGCCUCGAGCAUUAGCAGACUAUUUAAAUACACUCAUGCACAACAAGACAUUGUACAAUCAGUAUCUGUCCUUUCGUCAACCUCAUGGGGUAUCCGAUCGCUUUAAAAAAACCUUAAAGGCCUAUAAAAAGGGACAAUGUGAUUUAUGCACGUUAGCUUAUGAACGACACAACGACAUGACAUCGUAUUCUCCAGGAAAGAAGAUUUAUCUAGACAACACAUGUGUGUUACACAAACACUUUAAUUACAAACGUUGGGAUGUCUUGUCUACCUAUUUCCUUGUCUUUUUGGCCGCUUUAGUUAUUCUAUUUUACUUGAUUAAAUUAUAUAAAACCUCUAGGCGUACUAAAACUGCACGAUCCUCUGUAAACUAA